CGUGGCGCCCGGGCCUGGCUGGCUGCUUCCCGCCUCAGCCGCUGCUCCGGCUCCCACUGCCUCAGACACUGUUCAGGCGGGCGAGGCGGAACGCGAGGUCCUUCGGCCCAGCCCGGUCCGGUGCGGCCCGGAUCCGUGGCACGGGAGGACCCCUACAGUGGACCAUGAGCUGGUAAUGCCCACUGAGGACUUCUGGGAGCCAUGUCAGACGAAUCCGCCUCAGGGAGCGAUCCAGACCUGGACCCGGAUGUGGAGCUGGAGGAUGCGGAAGAAGAGGAGGAGGAGGAGGAGGUGGCAGAGGAGGAGCAUGACAGGGAUGACGAGGAAGGCCUGCUUGAUGACCCAUCCCUGGAAGGCAUGUGUGGCACUGAGCAUGCCCAGCUGGGGGAAGAUGGGCAGCGGCCGCCGCGGUGCACUUCAACUACCUCAUCUCAGUCUGAGCCUUCAGAGCAGCUUAGGCACCAAGGCAAGAUGCUAGCAUCCGAAGACCCCAAAAAGAAGAGAGCUCAGAAGCCCUCCCAUAUGAGAAGAAACAUACGAAAGCUACUCCGGGAGGAUCAGUUGGAGCCUGUUACCAAAGCAGCACAGCAGGAGGAACUGGAAAGAAGAAAGCGCCUGGAACAGCAGAGGAAAGAAUAUGCAGCCCCCAUUCCUACGGUCCCUUUGGAGUUCCUGCCUGAGGAAAUUGUCUUGAGAGCAAGUGAUGGUCCCCAACUCCCGCCUCGGGUUUUGGCCCAGGAAGUCAUUUGUUUGGACAGUAGCAGUGGCAGUGAGGACGAAAAAAGCAGUCGAGAUGAGGUGAUUGAACUCAGUUCUGGAGAAGAGGAUACUCUGCACAUUGUGGACAGCAGUGAGUCUGUCAGUGAGGAGGAUGAGGAAGAAGAGAAGGGUGGCACCCAUGUGAAUGAUGCCUUAAACCAGCAUGAUGCUCUUGGGCGGGUCCUUGUCAACCUGAAUCACCCUCCGGAGGAGGAGAAUGUCUUCCUGGCCCCACAGUUGGCACGGGCUGUGAAACCUCAUCAGAUUGGUGGGAUCCGGUUUCUAUAUGAUAACCUAGUAGAGUCUUUAGAAAGGUUUAAGACCAGUAGUGGCUUUGGCUGCAUACUGGCCCAUAGCAUGGGUCUGGGGAAAACUCUGCAAGUGAUCUCCUUCAUUGAUGUCCUCUUCCGCCACACACCAGCCAAAACAGUCCUUGCCAUUGUGCCGGUUAAUACUCUUCAGAAUUGGCUGGCAGAGUUCAACAUGUGGCUCCCAGCUCCUGAAGCCCUCCCAGCUGACAGCAAGCCGGAAGAAGUACAGCCGAGGUUCUUCAAAGUUCAUAUCUUGAAUGAUGAACACAAGACAGUGGCAUCUCGUGCUAAAGUGACGGCUGAUUGGGUUUCAGAGGGUGGAGUGCUGCUGAUGGGGUAUGAAAUGUACAGACUGCUCACACUGAAGAAGUCCUUUGCCACAGGUAGACCGAAGAAAACGAAGAAGCGCUCUCACCCGGUCAUUAUUGAUCUGGAUGAAGAAGAUCGACAGCAGGAGUUCCGGAAAGAGUUUGAGAAGGCCUUAUGCCGCCCUGGUCCUGAUGUGGUGAUCUGUGAUGAGGGACACCGCAUCAAAAAUUGCCAAGCCAGCACCUCACAGGCUCUGAAGAACAUACGUUCUCGUCGGCGGGUAGUGCUGACUGGGUACCCUCUACAGAACAACCUCAUUGAGUACUGGUGCAUGGUGGACUUUGUGCGCCCAGAUUUCCUUGGUACUCGUCAGGAGUUCAGCAACAUGUUUGAACGCCCUAUCCUGAACGGGCAGUGUAUUGACAGCACACCUCAGGAUGUCCGCCUCAUGCGCUACCGGAGCCAUGUUUUGCACAGCCUCCUGGAGGGCUUUGUGCAGAGGAGAGGCCAUACUGUGUUGAAGAUUCACCUCCCUGCCAAAGAAGAGAAUGUGAUCCUGGUGCGGCUUUCUCAGAUCCAGCGAGAUUUGUACACACAAUUCAUGGACCGUUUCCGGGACUGUGGUAGCAGUGGCUGGUUGGGGCUGAACCCUCUGAAGGCUUUCUGCGUGUGUUGCAAGAUCUGGAACCACCCUGAUGUUCUGUAUGAAGCCCUUCAGAAGGAAAACCUAGCCAAUGAGCAGGACCUAGAUGUGGAAGAGCUUGGCUCAGCAGGGACCAGUGCCCGUUGCCCACCACAUGGCACAAAAGUCAAGGGAGAAGAUAGCACCUUGGCUUCCUCAAUGGGAGAAGCGACCAAUAGCAAGUUCCUGCAGGGAGUUGGCUUUAACCCUUUCCAGGAGCGAGGCAAUAACAUUGUUACAUAUGAAUGGGCCAAGGAUCUCCUGACUAAUUACCAGACUGGGGUCUUAGAAAACUCUCCCAAGAUGGUACUUCUUUUUCACCUGAUUGAAGAAAGUGUGAAGCUUGGGGACAAGAUCCUUGUGUUCAGCCAGAGUCUUUCCACCUUGGCUCUCAUCGAGGAGUUCCUAGGGAAACGAGACGUGCCCUGUCUGCCUGGUGCCGAGGGUCAAGGAGCACAGAAGUGGGUCCGAAAUGUCAGCUACUUCCGGCUAGAUGGUAGCACCCCUGCCUUUGAGAGAGAGCGGCUCAUUAAUCAGUUCAAUGAUCCCAGCAACCUCACCACCUGGCUGUUCCUUCUUUCUACAAGGGCCGGAUGCUUGGGUGUGAAUCUGAUUGGUGCCAACCGAGUGGUGGUAUUUGAUGCUUCCUGGAACCCUUGCCAUGAUGCCCAGGCAGUAUGUCGAGUGUACCGUUAUGGCCAGAAAAAGCCCUGUCACAUCUAUCGCCUUGUGGCUGAUUAUACUCUUGAAAAGAAGAUCUAUGACCGGCAGAUUUCCAAGCAGGGCAUGUCAGACCGGGUAGUGGAUGAUCUAAACCCAAUGCUGAACUUCACCCGGAAGGAAGUGGAAAACCUGCUUCACUUUGUUGAGAAGGAGCCAGCUCCCCAAACAUCUUUGGAUAUAAAGGGGAUCAAGGAGUCAGUCUUGCAGCUUGCCUGUCUGAAAUACCCUCACCUCAUCACCAAGGAGCCUUUUGAGCACGAGUCAUUGCUCCUCAACCGAAAGGAUCACAAGCUGACCAAAGCUGAGAAGAAAGCAGCAAAGAAAAGCUAUGAGGAGGACAAGCGCACAUCAGUACCCUAUACUCGCCCAUCGUAUGCGCAGUAUUACCCUGCCAGUGACCAGAGCCUGACCAGCAUCCCUGCCUUCAGUCAGAGGAACUGGCAACCAACACUGAAGGGUGAUGAAAAGCCUGUGGCCAGUGUUCGUCCUGUACAGUCCACCCCCAUCCCUAUGAUGCCCCGGCAUGUCCCACUCAGUGGCAGUGUAAGCUCUGCCUCCAGCACAAAUCCAUCCAUGAACUUUCCCAUCAACUACUUGCAGCGGGCAGGAGUCCUUGUGCAGAAAGUUGUCACCACGACAGAUAUUGUUAUUCCUGGACUCAACAGCUCCACAGAUGUUCAGGCAAGAAUCAAUGCUGGUGAGAGCAUCCACAUCAUCCGGGGGACGAAAGGGACAUACAUCCGCACCAGUGAUGGACGGAUCUUUGCUGUCCGGGCGACUGGCAAACCAAAGGCCCCUGAAGAUGGUCGGAUGGCUGCCUCAGUUACCUGUAUUUUAUCUCCAGGUUCCCAGGGGCCUUCUCUUGCAUCCACAAGCAAUGGCAGACACAGUGCCUCAUCACCCAAAGCCCCUGACCCUGAGGGGCUGGCCAGGCCCGUCUCUCCUGACAGCCCAGAAAUCAUCAGUGAGCUCCAGCAGUAUGCAGAUGUGGCUGCUGCUCGGGAAUCCCGCCAGAACUCCCCAAGCAUCAGUACCACCCUGCCUGGCCCUCCGGCCCAACUUAUGGACAGUAGCACCAUUCCUGGGACAGCUCUUGGAACUGAGCCAUGCCUUGGGGGUCAUUGCCUCAAUAGUUCCCUCUUGGUGACUGGCCAGCCCAGUGGUGGCAGGCACCCAGUGCUGGACUUAAGAGGCCACAAGCGAAAGUUGGCUACUCCAUCUGUCACCCAGGAGUCAGUCCGUCGGCGGUCCAGGAAGGGCCAUCUGCCAGCCCCCGUGCAGCCCUAUGAACACGGGUAUCCAGUCUCUGGCGGGUUUGCCAUGCCACCCGUCUCCUUAAAUCAUAACCUCACCGCCCCCUUCACCUCCCAGGCAGGGGAUAAUUCCCUGUUUAUGGGCAAUAACCCCUCCUACUACCAGCUGUCCAAUUUGCUGGCAGAUGCCCGCCUGGUUUUCCCAGUGACUACUGACCCUCUGGUGCCAGCAGGCCCUGUCAGUUCCUCUUCCACGGCUACCUCAGUCACUGCCAGCAACCCCUCCUUCAUGCUCAACCCCUCUGUGCCAGGGAUACUACCCAGCUAUUCACUCCCAUUCUCACAGCCACUCCUAUCAGAGCCGAGGAUGUUUGCGCCUUUCCCUUCCCCUGUGUUGCCCAGUAACCUUUCUCGGGGCAUGUCUGUCUACCCAGGCUAUAUGUCCUCACAUGCAGGCUACCCAGCUGGUGGUCUCCUCCGGUCCCAGGUGCCUCCAUUUGACUCCCAUGAGGUUGCCGAGGUGGGGUUCAGCUCCAAUGAUGAUGAGGAUAAAGAUGAUGAUGUGAUAGAGGUCACUGGGAAAUAGUGAGGAAGCCCCUUCCCACCUCACUUGGGGCCCCUAGCAGGUUACCCACCAAACUGGAAGGCAGUGAACCUGGUCUUUCUGAAAAUAGGGUACUUGGCAGGAGGGAAAAGAAAACAAAAAGGAGUGGUUGGCCAUAAUGGCAGAGCUCUAUUGCUGUUCAUUAGAAGAAAACAAAACAAAAUAACAAAGAACCCCAACAGAGCCACAAUAGUGGGAAAUCAGGGACCGAAAACAGGGAUGGAGGGGUAGGGCAACUUGCCUCUUCCUUCCUGCCUUGCUUAUGCUGUCUGCUUAUUUGCCCAUCUGAGUGUAUAAGCUCAUAUCCCAUUCUGCCUUUGGGAACAUCUCUCCCAAGAGAGCUGCCUUACUGAGUGGCUUCGUUUGGCCUGGGGAUGGGAGGGAGGAGGGAGAGUAGGGGAGA